ACGAGACUUUCGGACUCUCUUUUGACGGUUAAUAGAUCCCAUCACCACUGAUUCACGCCGAUCGUCGCCGGCCACAUGGCGCACAAGUCGCUCCUCUUACUCACAAUCUCAUCUCUCCUCAUCUUCACCGUCGUCGGCCGUGUAAUCACCACCACUUCAACAUCAGAUCUCGUCUCCGAUGGCGUUCACGAUGGAUACGGCGGCGUACUCCGUCUUAAUCCCUUCGUAUCAGCUGAAGAACCAGAAGCUUGUGAACAGUCGUACGGAUUCUUGCCUUGCACCAACACAGCACUUGGCAACCUCUUCCUCAUUUUAGUCUAUGGUUACCUCAUGUACCUCGCUGCUACCUACCUCUCUGCUGGUAGUGAGCUGCUACUCGAGAUUUUAGGGCCAGGUCUUGUUGGCGGAUUAUUGCUUCCAAUUCUCGGUGCUCUUCCAGAUGCCAUGCUUAUUCUCGUAUCUGGAUUAUCUGGAAGUGUUGAAGUUGCUCAAGAUCAGGUGUCUGUAGGAAUGGGUUUAUUAGCUGGGUCAACAGUCAUGCUUAUCACUGUAAUAUGGGGCACAUGCAUCAUUGUUGGGAAAUGUGAUAUAGAAAACUCAGUUGCAGUAGAUAACACAGAUACUAAAGGCUUCAGCUUACUAGGUUCUGGUGUAAGCACUGAUAUUUGGACAAGCUAUUCUGGGAUGAUCAUGGCUGUAUCUGUGAUCCCAUUUAUCGUUGUUCAAUUCCCACAAAUUAUGCAUUCAGAUUCUGGAAGACACUUGUCUGUUUUACUCGGUCUUAUAGUCUCUGUUUCUCUUUUAAUUGCAUACUGUGUUUAUCAGGUUAUGCAGCCUAAAUUACAAAAAAGACGUCUUGCUUUUGCAAAACACAAGCAUGUAAGAUCUAGAAUUCUUAAGUACUUAAAGAUGCGUGCUCUUGGAAGACUCUUGACUGAUCAAGGUGAACCUAACAAAGAAGUUCUAGAAAAGCUAUUUAAGUCGAUUGAUGUGAAUGGAAAUGAGAAGCUUUCACAUACUGAGUUAAGGGCAUUGGUUGUGGGAAUGAGAUUACAUGAAAUUAAUUUGAAAGAAGAAGAUGCUGUUGAUAGAGUUAUGAAGGAUUUUGAUACUUCUCAGAACAAUGAGAUUGAUUUUGAUGAAUUUAUUGAUGGAAUUGGAAAAUGGCUUGAGGAGGCCAAAACUACUAAAAUAAAUACUCCUCUUGCUGGACCUGACACAUUGAAGUACAUUCAUGACUAUUAUGAGGAGACGAAAAAGCAACAUGAUCUUCUAGGAGACGAUGCGGGGGAAGAUGAAGAGGAAGGGGUGGAUGAUCCACGUGGCACCACAAUAAAAGCUGUUUUAUUUUUAAUAUUGGGGACUAUAAUUGCAGCAUCUUUUGCGGAUCCUCUUGUGGGUGCAGUUGAUGGGUUUUCAGCAGCAACAAGCAUUCCUUCUUUCUUCAUCUCCUUCAUCGCAUUGCCAUUAGCAACCAAUUCCAGUGAAGCCGUCUCUGCAAUCAUCUUCGCCACCCGCAAAAAGAAAAGAUCCGCCUCCCUCACAUUCUCCGAGUUAUAUGGAGCAGUAACAAUGAAUAAUAUCCUAUGCCUAUCGGUGUUUUUAGCACUUGUGUAUGUGAGAGGACUAACUUGGGAUUUUUCGUCUGAGGUCCUUGUGAUUCUCAUUGUUUGCAUUGUGAUGGGCGUUUUCGGAAGUUUGCGUACAACUUUUCCUCUAUGGACAUCUUUCAUUGCUUUCGCCCUCUAUCCCUUCUCCCUUGUUUUGGUGUAUGUUCUUGACUAUGUCUUUGGGUGGUCAUAGUCUGUAGAUUGAAAUUCGAAGGGCGUUUUGGGAAAAAAGAGUGUUUUGUAUUUUUAUUGUUGAAAAAAUGAGAUCUGUAGAAAAACUAGAAACUCAUGAGAACCACAGUUUGACUGCUUUUGGUUAUAUCCGGAUUGGCAUGCGAUUUGCUUUUAUCUUUUUUGUAAACUAAUACGAAAAAUAAAUCGGUUUCGUACCAAUUGAUACCA